UGUUCGCUAUGAGGACAACGAUCGGAUAUUUGUUGCUGGGUUGCCUGAGCUGGACCGCUUUUGCGGUGCCGAUUAAUCCGGAUAUUUCUCUUGGGCUCUACCAAGGUGACAUGGCUGUGGGCUUCAAACGAAAUGGAUUACUAUCACCAGAUGAGCACUGGCCCAAUGGCGAAGUCUUUUAUAAGAUAGAUGAGCAGUUCAAACCUGUACAAGUUGACCACAUAAAACUGGCCAUGCAAAUUAUUCAAAACGUGUCCUGCGUACGAUUUCUGCCUGCAGAUGAAAAUACCAAAAAUUUCGUAGAGGUGAAAGUUUCCUUAUCUGGCUGUUGGUCUAAUGUUGGUUUCACCGGGGGCAAACAGUUGUUGUCGUUGCCAGACGCAGGCGUGGAGGAGGGUUGUUUUAGGCUGGGCACCAUACAGCACGAAUUUCUCCAUACUCUGGGAUUUCUUCACCAACAAAGCUCGCCGGACCGCGAUGAUUACGUGCAAAUCGCUUGGGAUAACAUCCAACCGGAUAAUGUAUCAAAUUUUCUAAAGCACAAUUCGUCCAGGGUGGGUAACUUUGGUGCUGCGUAUGACUAUGGCAGCAUUAUGCACUACUCCGUAUCUGCCUUCAAAAAGAAUGCUGGCUUGGACACGAUUUUGCCUUUACAACCAUUAAAUGGUAGACGAAUGGGACAAAGAAAUCGUAUGAGCGACGCCGACAUAUUGCGCCUCAAUAACAUGUACAAGUGCAAUAAUCGUACAGAAAUGUCCAAUGUAUCUGAAAAGGCUAUUGAAGAAAUUGAAGAAAACUAAUCCACCAAUGGCAAUAACACAAUUUUAAAAAAAAUCAAUAAAUACGUUAAUGCAAAA